AUGCCCGAAAUAGCUGAAGUCGCGCGGUGUGUGCAUUUCCUCCGCCACCAUCUUGUUGGCAGGACCAUCGCCAAAGCUACGGCCCCUGAAGAUGACAAAGUCUUCGGCAAGGUUGGCACCAGUGGGCCAGCCUUCGAAAAGGCCGUCCAGGGAAGAAAGUAUCCAGGCUGGGUCCACAUCAAGGGUGACAAGACAGCCUACACAAAUUACUACAAGAAGAUGAAACCAGAGGAAGCAGACCUCUGGCCGCCAAAGUACUGGAAAUUCCGCCUCGAGACCGAGGGCACCCCCAAGGUCGAAGUCGCCUUUACCGACCCCCGUCGCUUCGGCCGCGUGCGCCUCGUCGACUGUCCUGGGGACGACAUCCGCAAGCACACGCCCCUCGUGGAGAACGGCCCCGACCCUGUCGUCGACGCCGCCAUCUUCACAGAAGAGUACAUGCGCUCCAAGAUGACGUCGCGGCACGUUCCCAUCAAAGCCCUGCUGCUGGACCAGACGCACAUCAGCGGCAUCGGAAACUGGGUGGCGGACGAGGUGCUGUACCAGGCCAAUGUGCAUCCUGAGCAGUACUGCGACGACUUUAGCGACCGCGAGAUCAAGGCCAUCUACGAGAAGGUGCGGUACGUGUGUCAGACGGCCGUGGACAAGCUCGGUGAUUCGGAUGAGUUCCCCGAAGACUGGCUGUUCAAGUAUCGAUGGGGCAAGGGCGGCAAGGACGCCGUGAGCAAGCUUCCAAAUGGCGAGAAGCUGGCUUUCAUCACGGUCGGCGGGCGCACGAGCUGCUACGCGCCGAGCAGGCAGAAGAAGACGGGUCGCGUGGUGCCUUCGGCCAAGGAAGAGCCGAUAGACGCAAAGCUUACAGCCAAGACGACGACAGCCAAACUCAAGGGCAGGAAGACCGUCCAAGAAGUCGAGUCAAGCGACGAGGAUGAAAAACCUCCAGCGAAGAAGCAGCGCGUGGCAAGAGCGGCUUCCAAGGUCAAGGUCGAAGAUGAUGACGGUGCUACGGAGACAUCACCCCUGAAGAAGCUGAAGAAGACAGCCAAGCCGAGCAAGGCUGCUCUAGCAUCGUCAAAGCCAAGGGUGAAACAAGAGACCACGCGGGUCGAGGCAUCAACGAAUGAAGAUGAUCUGGGACGAAGGAGAUCAGGGCGUAUACGGAAACAAUCUUGA